UUCAGAAUUUCUCGUGACAGAACAACCUUUUGGCCAGCUCUAUCCAGCAGUCACUGAGCGAUGGGGCUGCAGGACCUGGAAGGUGCACCCCAGCAACAUCAGUGCAGCUUUGCAGUUGGCGCUGCUCUGACAUGGAUUAAGUCAGGAUCCAGGACCGCUCCCAGGAGCUGGUGCAGAUCGUCAGGAGCGCCGACCGCCGCGCCAGGAGCCGGGGCGCCAAGGUGGGCAGCCUGGCGGACAGGGAGUCCAUCCUGCAGCGCCUGGACCACCUGGAGGAAGUGGUGUACAACCAGCUAAAUGGUCUGGCAAAGCCCAUGGGAUUAGUUGAAGGUCCAGGAGGCUUGGGCCAAGGGGGAAUGGCUGCUACCCUGAGAGAUGAUAGCCAUGAAUCGGAGACUAAAUAUGAAGAAUAUGGUUACAAUGCCCAACUCAGUGACAGGAUAUCACUGGACAGGUCCAUCCCUGACUACAGACCAAAAAAGUGCAAACAGAUGACUUAUCCCGAUGACCUGCCCCAGAUCUCUGUGGUCUUUAUAUUUGUCAACGAGGCUCUGUCCGUCAUCCUGCGCUCCGUGCACAGCGUCGUGAAUCACACCCCGUCGCACUUGCUCAAAGAGAUCAUUCUGGUGGAUGACAACAGUGACAAUGUUGAGCUAAAAUUUAAUUUGGACCAGUACGUCAAUAAGCGAUACCCAGGCCUGGUGAAAAUAGUGCGCAAUAACAAACGAGAAGGACUGAUUCGAGCCCGAAUCCAGGGCUGGAAAGCAGCAACCUCUCCUAUCGUUGGUUUCUUCGAUGCUCAUGUUGAGUUCAACAUUGGCUGGGUGGAACCUGCACUUACCCGGAUCAAAGAAGAUCGGAAGCGGAUCAUCUUACCAGCAAUUGACAAUAUCAAGUACAACACUUUUGAAGUGCAGCAAUACGCCAAUGCAGCCCACGGCUACAACUGGGGGCUCUGGUGCAUGUACAUAAUCCCACCGCAGGACUGGCUCGAUAAAGGGGAUGAGUCAGCUCCCAUCAGAACACCAGCCAUGAUUGGAUGCUCGUUUGUAGUGGACCGAGAAUACUUUGGUGAGAUCGGCUUGCUUGAUCCUGGUAUGGAGGUCUAUGGAGGAGAAAACAUUGAAUUAGGCAUGAGGGUGUGGCAGUGUGGAGGAAGCAUGGAGGUGCUGCCCUGUUCUCGUGUGGCACAUAUUGAACGCACAAAGAAACCCUACAACAACGACAUUGAUUACUAUGCAAAGCGCAACGCUCUGCGGGCUGCUGAGGUCUGGAUGGAUGACUUCAAGUCGCAUGUUUACAUGGCCUGGAACAUCCCAAUGGCAAACCCUGGAGUUGACUUUGGAGACGUUUCUGAAAGAAUAGCUCUACGACAGCGACUGCAGUGCCGGAGUUUUAAGUGGUACUUGGAAAACGUCUAUCCUGAAAUGAGGGUUUAUAAUAAUACAGUCACUUAUGGAGAGGUCCGUAACAGCAAAGCUAGCGGCUACUGUCUGGACCAGGGAGCUGAGGAGGAUGACAAAGCAAUCCUUUACCCAUGCCAUGGAAUGUCCUCUCAGCUGGUCCGCUACAGCUCCGAGGGCGUCCUGCAGUUGGGGCCCCUGGGCUCCACGGCCUUUCUGCCGGACUCGAAAUGCCUCGUGGACGACGGGAAGGGCAGGACACCCACUCUGAAGAAGUGUGAAGACGUCCUGAGGCCAGCACAGAGGUUCUGGGAUUUCACGCAGAAUGGUCCAAUCAUCAGCAGAGACACUGGCCGCUGUCUAGAAGUGGAAAUGUCAAAGGAUGCAAAUUUUGGGCUCAGAUUAGUCGUACAAAGGUGCUCGGGGCAAAAAUGGAUGAUUAGAAACUGGAUAAAACAUGGCCGACAUUGACUGCUGGGGCUGAGAAGCUGCCUCUCCUGCUGUUGUCCAUUGCUCAGUGUGCCAUACCUUGCAAGGCAUUUGUCCUAAAGCAAAUUAGUUUGAACAGGACUUGGCUCUCAACAGUCCUCCAUAGCUGGGCAUUUAAAGAGAGGGGGAAAAAAAAAAAAGCAGACACAUACAUGCCCUAUUUGACUCUUCGUUGCUCCUGAGGAUGACCUGGGAAGCUUAAAAAGAAUUUUCUGUUGAUUUGGAAAUCUUGGGAUGGUCAGAACACAACAGAGAAGUGGGUUCUUUAAGCUCUCCUAGAGGAAUUAAUAGACAGAUAGUUCCAUGAUAAGUUGAAAGAAGAGAUCCCAAUACUGCCUCAUAGAGAGAGUUCUCUGAUGGUUAGCUUUUUAGCUUUAAGUUAUUGACUGGUGCACAACUCCUAUGGUGAAUAAUCAUGUGCCUUUUUUAUUGUACUUCGUAUACAAGGGAACUGGAAAAAAUCCUACCUUUUCAGCAUGUCUGGUUCAUUGUACUAAAAAAGAAGACCUGUAAAUAACACUGGAAAAUACAAGAAAUUUCAAGGGCGGUUGUCUAGGAGUCUCUAUUUCUAGAAAGAGACUGUUCUGCAAAUGUUUACAGGUGGUUCUCAACCUUCAGGUUGCUAAAAAGCAGCAUUUUAGAGACCUCUUCUAGUUAGGAAACAGGUAAAUGCUGAUAGGUAAAAUCGCCACACGCUCCAUUAUAUUGCCACAUUUUACAUUUCUUGGCUGUAAGGGCAUCACAAUACAGCAGUUGCAUAUUUAACUCUUUUGAGGCGGUAGAUGUCCUAGUAGAUGACUUACAGAGGACUUGGUUGGCACACAAGCCCUGAGUACAUGGAUGAAGGGCCCCCCUCCUGCAGUGUUGUGCAUGCAGGUGCACUUUUGCAUUUACCAGCAACUGCCUAGGAACCAGUGGGGGAUGCUGAAUACUCAUCACUUCUGAAAAUAAGGCCACUUAUGUAGUUGCCAGCUGUGGGAUUUGGAAACUUAACUUGAAGCUUCCAUUUUGUUACCCAUCCUGUGAAAAUGUCAAAUGUGAGCAAAUAUGCUUUGUGAGCACUUUCUAAACAAACCAACAUCAUUUCAGUAUUUGGGAAAAAAAACCAAAAACAACCCAGUGAUAAGAAGACAAAUUAGACCAAGAGAGAACUAGACAGCAUAUAUACGCACUGUUAUUCUGAAAUCUAAAUGUUUUACUGUAGAUUAUCUGGCAAGAGCAUGUUUGUGAACCUGAAUUUAAUAAUGUAUCCAGUGCUUCAUGCAGUAUCUUGUAAGCAGGUAGUCAAAGCAAUGACAAGGCCUUAUCCAAAGGCUAUCGAAGUUGAUGACCACUGUCAAUGUCAGCAGGCUUUGGAAAUGGGUCUGUGGGUCUAUGGAUAUGGGUCUGUGUUUUCAUUACAGAAGAUUCGGUCUUACUGAAGGAGAGACAGAGACAGUACCUGUUAACUUCACUGCUCAAUAUUUUCAUAAGAAUUUAAAUCAAAGGUUUUGUUUUGUUUUACUGACCCAGAAAAAUAGGUAAUUGCAGACACUGCAAUAGUAGAACAAAUCUAGAUGAUCUGGUUUUUGAAGAGCUUUUGUCAUUCCUAUGUCAAGGCAUGCUGAACAAAGUAAAAUGGAAACAAAGUUAAUUUUAUCCAGGGCAUGGUAUCUAAUAAAAUAUUUACUUUUAACAUGCAAGCUCCAUCAGUUCUUGUCAACUCUUGGUUGUUAUCCAGAGAGCAUAUCACUAUAUUCUGCCCCAAUUUUAAUCUUGAAACAGAACGUGCAAAUGUAACAGCCAGUUCUCCUGGAGUUUUUUCAUGGCUAAUACCUGAUCUUUUUUAUGUCAAAUGGAUGAGGUUACACCUGAAUAUAUGUAAGAGAAUAAUUAUGAGUGAGAUUUCAAAUAUAAAAAUUGGUACUUAAAGCUCUGUGUUUCAGUUGGUUGUACAUGAUCUCUUCAGCAGCAUAGCCAGACCUGCAGGAAGAGGUAACAUCUUUAUUAAAUCAAGCAAUAUAGUAAAAAAAUCUUGGACAAGCUUUGUACUCAAGCCUUCCUGCAGGUCUCAAAGAGAGGUAAGAUGCUUCAGGCUAAAUAUAGAUUGGGAACAGUUGCCCUGCAUUUAACCUCAUUAUGUUAAUCUAUUAGACAAUUUAAAAGGAUAUUUACCAUCUCUGGAGCAGGUGUUGAGUGCUUUGUACAGGAUUUCUAUUUGUAAGUGACUUUCAUCUUCUCUCUGGAUACGGUUUAAAAGGGAGAGAUUACAUGAAAGCUGUGUUCUUUUGUUUACUCUGCUGGGGUUUUUCUCCUUGAAAUGUUUGGCUGAGGGAGGUGGGGAAGGCAAAAAAAGGGAAAGUUAGUAUUUACCUGGAGAGUUAUUGGGGAGUAAAGCCACAAAGCAUUCAUACUCUCUGUAGUCUUCCUAAUUAAUAAGUGAGAGCUAUUUUGUAUGAAGAUGGCUGGAAGUUGAAAGUAAUUAUAUAUCAGUAUGACUACUAUAUGCCUAACUACUAGAUAAAGUUACUGUAUUUAUCAGAAGCUAAUAUAGCACAUGUGGGAUUUUUUUUUCCCCUAGUCUGAAACUGUCAAUCUCCACUUGAUCCUUGGUUAGCAGUGGGGCAGUAAGCCUUUCAGAUCUUGGGCAAAUAAAAAGGAAGGGCUGAGUAUUUGGAGGAAUAUCAGGUUUACAAUUUAGUAUCCUGUAAGAAAUGUUGCAUUUGUGGUUUAGGAGCUUUGAAGGUGAGAAGGUUUUACUGGCAAAGAUUUCAAGCAGGAAAGGACAGCCCUUCCCUAUGACACCACCAUAAUGAAUGUGAAUUGGUUGCCCUUGGAAUUUCAUUACUGUAUGUUUUCAGUGUCCAGUGCAAAGAAUUCAAAUGUGUCCACGCAGCCUAACUGAGGGUCAGUUCUGGCAAACUUUGAGUACUGUGGCUGACCUCUGCAGAAGGCUUGUAAGAACAAGACUUUCAGCAUAAGAGGGAAAGUAAAUUUCUGUGAUAGUUAAAUGGAUCUAAGACUUACAGAAUAAUAUAAAAGAAUUCAGAAUAUCUUUUAAAGGUGGGGUUGGUAUUUUCUGUGCUUGUCAUCUUUUCUAAGACUUAUUGAAACAAUUUCUUACAUUUGGGAAAUACAUCUGUAGGAUUCUUUUUACUUUAGUCUCUAUCUGUCUGAACCACUGCAUUGGCUAUGAUUAUUAACUUCAUGGCUCUGCAUGUGAGAGGGUCUUAAAUAUUCUCUCGUAAAAGGAAUAAUAGUAAUUUAAAAAGCCUUGAGUGUGUUUUAUUUUAACCAAAGUCUAUUGGUCUGUUGUCAGUAUUUCACCCCUUAGUAUAAUCCAAAGUCCUGCUUAAUAGUGUUUCACAUUUUCAUUCUUCUUUCCAACAGUGCUGCAGUCCAGAUACUCUGAGAAGUACUUAAUAUAAUGUAAUAUGCCUUGUAGAGGAAAUUCAGUUGAGAACAGAAUUUUCAGUUGCCAUUUUGUUUGAUUGAAGAGGUUUCAGAGUUAAAUGCUAGAUCCUAUGACAGAAGGCUAGAAGGAACAUCAAGCUGCUAGCUGCUCAUAGACAAACAUGUCUGAUAAUACUUUUGUAAGCAUAUCAAGGUCCCUUUAAAGUUAGUUUGAGUGCUGUGCAUAAAAGACCUAUCUCCUCUGAGGGCUAGACACUAUUUUCCAAGCUGAAUUUAUUCUUGGCUUGAUUAAAACCAUUUGCUCCUGAGCCAAAAUUGUGCUCUAGCUAUAUUGGCUCACUGGUUCCUGAGGCAUGCUUACCUCCAAUGGAAAGCAACUAAGAGAGGGAAGAGCUAAUAAAGGUAUAGAUGAAGGACCCUAUGAGUUCCACUGGAAUUCCAUAAUGAUCUAUAUUCUGCACAUCCAUGUGGCAUGAAAACUCUUCAGGGCUGUCUCACUUUCAAAAAGCUAAAGACCUGCAGCUCCACAGGGCUGACCCAAGACAAAGACAAAAGCAGUUCUUCCUACAUAAUCUGAAAGUACUGAAAUUUCUCAUUUCAGUGCAUGAUUUGGGGCUUGGCAUGUCUGAAAACCAGUCCUUUGCAAUCCUUUGCAAACUGUUUACAUCUCUCUUCUUCUUAUCAGCCUGCUCCUUUAUAAAAACUGUGUUCUAGUAGAUAAAAACUUCACUUGCCAUGUGACAAAGGGCAUAAUCUAUCUGACAUAGGGUAGCUGAAAUUUUAAAUACUUAAGCCACAACUAAUAAGGUUUAAUGAAAUAGCACCAGUCCUAAUCUGUUCUUUAGAUCAAUUACACAGCAUGUAAUUCCUUCAGUAUCCAGUAUUCAUUUGAAAUGGUUCAUUAACAGCCAUACUAAAGCACAUUAUGGCCUGUUUCUGGUCCCGAUGAACUGGCUUGUAAGAAGAAUUUCAAUAGAAGCUGGAGUCCAGAGGGAGUUUGACAUAUUAUUAUUCAGUUAGGACACAAAUACAUUUGGUUUUUUUGUGAAUGGCUUUGCAAGGAAGAAUAAGUAUCAGAAUUCCCUCAACUGCAAAUGUUUUUAGCAAUGAAGAUGUUCCAUUUUUGACUGCUGCUAUUUUGACUAACUGCUACUUACUGCUAAUAAAAGCCAAUCCUGAGGUCGUGGUACAGAUAAAAGGUGGUAUUGCAAUUUAGAAAAACUAGCUAACAAUCUGGAUAGAAACUAAGGAAUGCUUAUGUCUUCACAUGUCUGCACAUCUAUAUGCCACCAAAAUAGACUUAAUACUAUGUUAUCUCUGGAAGGAAUCAUGAAUUUUAUGCAUUCUUGUACUGCUUCAUUAGGAAUAUGUAUUCGAGAGACUAUCAUAACGUGUACCUCUAAAUCUUAGUUUGUUGACACCAUUUUUUUUCCCAGUGACAUUAGUGGACAUAAGGUGAGAGCUGUAAUUACUGGAUGCAUGGAAAAUAUAUUAAUUGGCAUCAUGAUCUAAUGAAGUAUGUGCAUCAUGCAUUUAUAGCUUCUUGUGUGGUAACAAGGAGAAUCAUGAAAUACUAAUGCAGUGUGUGCAUCCUCCUAGAAAUGGAGUCUACCUACCUAGUGAAGUAAGGGAACUCAAGGAUUAGACACUGUAACUAUAUAGCUAACAACAGUGAAUUUGGCAUAAAGCACAUUAAUAUUUAUGUCACCUAGAAAUAUUCUAGAAAAUGUAAUGAAUUGGCUUCAGGUUCUAUCUUAAUAGUCACCCUAUUUUACUCUGGUAACUGUUGAAAAUAUCUUGUCCGUAUAAAGGACUGGAAUGCUUAUGCUGUAUGAAGAUUUUUAGCUGUCUCUACAAUGCGCCAGCAGUGGCAUUAGAAAAGAGAUUAACGAUGACACCUUUAGCACAUUGUAAUGGAUUUUAGAAUGGUUUCACAAAAUAUAUUGACUUACAUUACAAAAGUGUUAAUAAUACAGAACUUUAGGUAUUGCGCUCAUGGGUUGCCCUAAGUCAAAACAAUACGUUUGCCUGGGAAUAUUUACUUAUAAAUAUCCCAUUGAAGCAAUAUAUGCCAAACCGGUUUUGAAGGAGAAAAUUUCUGUAUCUGGAGUUUUCUUCAGACUUGUAGAAGCACUCACUGCUUUUCAUAGGGUUACCAUUUUCUAUUGGCCAACAAAAGGUAUCACCUGAUUUUUAGACUCUUUGUAAUAAGUUUGAUUUAAAAAAAUUAACGCAGCAACUGCAAGGCAAGUUGUGACUGCAGAUCAUUUUUCAUUAUGUGUCACAUCAAUAAAUCAGUUUGUAUUUACACUUGAAAAGUUAAUAAAUUACUAUGCAUUUUACUGCUGACAUGAGCUGUAUUUUUUAUUAUUGUACAUUUGGACACCUUAUAUUAAAUUCAAAGUUGGCACACAAAAAAAACUAGAAAAGCAAACUGUAUAUUUAAAAUUACAUUCUGUGUAUACAUUUUAAAAUAUGAAUUGCAUAUAAUGAAUUCUGAAAGGUAGUCAACCCAUUUUUGAGUUGAGCACCGCACACCAGAUUGCGAGCUGUUCUAAAGGGGACAAGCUCUGAGCAUGUCAAGGAGAUGCAUCACCACACACUCACUAGAGACUUGGCCCUGGAAAGUGCACAUCCAAAGCUAGACUGGUAACAGUACAGACUAUAAUUGCAUUGUGACUGCUAGACCUCAGGGAAGACUUGUCUUGCAACCCCAGUACAAAGGCAUACUUACAUAAUGCUUGCAGGUGCCAAUCCACAGAGCAAUACAAGCUAAGUUCUUGCAUGGUCCCUCAGGACAAGUAAGUGCUCCACAAGAAGAAUUCAAACACAGAUUUUAAAAAUCCCCAUAAAAAAUUUCUGACCUUGCAAUCAGCAUUUCUGAAAUCAUUGAACCCUGGGGAAAAAUAUGCUGUUGAACCACAGAAUAGGACAGAAAGCUCCUGAUGAAAGUCUUCUCUUUGUAGGAGUCUUGCACUGGAGCGAUAUUUUACUAAUUGAAAUGUGUAAGAGUACAGUUGAUUGGUCAUUGAUGCUUUACUGUUCUAAAGAGCACUCCCAAAACCAAAGAAACAGAACAACCUAUACUUCCUGAAUUGCAUAGUUUAGCACAAAGGACUGAAGGAUUGAUCCCACAUCCCAUGACCUGACCUAUAGCAAGACAGAGUCCAGAUUUGCAGAUGCUAUAAAAUGACAUUGCUCUGCUGAAGCCCAUGAAAGUUGCAGGAACUUUAGUAAUUUCUACCAUCUAUAGACCUGCUCUGUUUCAAUAAUAGUGCUAUUGACUUGAUUUUUUUUUCUGCUUCAGAAGUCAUUUUCAUCUGCCCAAAGGGAAUAGAAAGAGGAUAUGAAGUGCUUAUGAACUCCCUGCCAUACUGUCACACUUCUGACAGGGGUCUGUGCAGCCCAGCACCUUGUCUCUGACAACAGUCCAUAAUUAAUGUUUAGAAGAAUGGAAUAGGAAACAGGGAAAAUGUAGAAUGAUCUUAUCAUCACAUACCUCCCCCUAAUUUCCAGCAGGUAAGGACUUCCCAGGCCAGAGGCUCUACACCAGCCACUAGAUUUAAUAACUACUUUGGGCCUAGCCUGUAUGUAUCUACUCCCCUUACAUUUCUGGAUGUCAAAACAUCCUCUUGUAAUAAAUACUGCAAUUGCUGUGUAAGACAGUAUCUCUACUUUAAAAUCUGCUGCCAAUUCAUUCUAUAGGCUGCCCUGUUGUUCUUGAAUGGUGAAAAACUGAGUAACUGCUGCCAACUAAUUUUUUUCACAGCAUUCUUAGUUUGACCUCUGUCAUCCCCUCCUAAAUAAAUUUAAGAAUUGGUUGGGUGUCACACUUAUUUUGUAUCACUAGCAAACAAGUUUGUAAAAGUGCAUGCAAAUACUCUGUGUCAUAUACUGGAUUGGGUGAUAGCACAGUAACAACUGAUCAGAUCCUUGAACUCCUCAGCACUGAAAGACAUGCAUUACUUGUUUUAACAUUGAUUUUGUAUCUCAGACUGCUUCUACUCUAUUUGUGUAUGCCCAAAGUCUGCAAUUUGUGAUGAGCAGACUGAAGAGCACAGCGCAGCUGGGAAACCAUCUGAUACCUUCUUCCCUUCUGCUAGAAACGAGAGGAAGAAUUCCCUGCCCUGCUUCUGCCGCUGCGAGGGCCCACCCAUGGGUUAUAUUUGCGACUGGGCUGAGGAAAUGUUUCCAUGUUCCUGACUCAAACGCAUGCCUCCGCUUCAGUCUAACUAACUGGGUAAGACCUGAGCACAUGAGCUUUCCCUCUUCUGAUUUCUACAAGGACAUCUGACUGCACAAGUCAAAGAGCAGCUGUUAAGUGAUGCCCUGAUUUAUCCAGAGGAAGCACAGCUGGCUAUAGCCUCCAGGUGGGCAAUAUUACAGGCAGCCUCAGAAGGAACAGCCUUGCUCAGACUUGGCAAACUUACUUAGCUCCUACAUCUCUGAGAGCAGCCUUUUUGGGGAUGAGAUAUUCUUCAUAAACUCCCACUGAGGACUCUGCGGGAAAGACUGCUCUGUUGCUAGCAAGGCUAUUCUGUGGAUUUAAUUUCCUAUUAUAAUCAAUUCAGCAUUUCUUUGAAGGAAAAAUGUCACCUUUAAAAGGUACCGUUGUGCUUCUUAGAAUGAAUGGUCUGUAAAGAAUACCAAGUAAAAUUAGA